CCGUGGUACUGGUGAUAACAGAGAGAAUCCAAGGUUGGGGAAAGACAAGUAUGAUGCACCUCCUUGGCUUCCGGGGCUCAUCGAGGGAUCCUGGAGGCUCUCCGGCCUCCGUUUCACGAAACCCUAGCCAAAGCUCUAGCUCCACUUCCUCUCCCAACACUUUGGGCCCUGCGAGGCCUCUUCGCCUGGUCUACUGUGAUGAGAAUGGCAAGUUUCGGAUGGACCCUGAGGCCGUCGCCGCCCUCCAGCUCGUCAAGGGUCCCAUUGGCGUCGUCUCCGUCUGCGGCCGCGCUCGCCAGGGCAAGAGUUUCAUUCUCAAUCAGCUCCUUGGAAGAAGUAGUGGUUUUCAAGUGGCUCCUACUCAUCGCCCAUGCACCAAGGGGCUUUGGAUGUGGAGCGCACCAAUCAAGCGAACUGCGCUGGAUGGCACUGAAUACAAUCUCUUACUUCUGGAUAGCGAAGGAAUUGAUGCAUAUGACCAAACGGUUAGAUUUUGAUAUGCUCAUUUUUAUCAUUCAUCAUUAUUUAUC